ACAAAAUAUGCAGAUCGUGGUAGUGAGCUAAUGGGUAAAACCUUAGAGGAAAGGGCUUUGGUGGAGCAGUGGCUUGAAGUAGAAGCACACAACUUUAAUAAUUUAUGUUUCACUAUAAUGUUUCAGCGUGUGAUCCUACCAAGGAUGGGUAAGGUUGGGAACUUGGUCUUGGCAGACAUAAGUGAGAAAGAUUUAGUGAAGGUCCUUGAUGUGUAUGAAAGUAGGCUCUCUCAAAGCUCAUACCUUGCAGGAGAUUUUUUCUCUUUGGCUGAUCUCAGCCACCUUCCAGGGCUUGGACAUCUUAUUGAGGAAGCCAAACUUGGCCACUUGGUAACUGAGAGGAAGAAUGUCUAUGCAUGGUGGCAGAAAAUUUCAAACAGGCCAACUUGGAAGAAGUUAAAAGAUCUGGCUCACUGAUUUAAACAGCAGUUAGUUUAUUAUAUAACUUACGACUAUCUCAUUACCAUCAAUUUUUACUUGGCACUUUAUUAUACAAAUAAUGUGUUGUAAAAAUUAAUUGGGAGAAUAAGUUCAAGUCAUUAAUAAGUUUGUCUUAUCCUUAUCAUGAAAGAUUGAUUCUGUUUAAAAAUGUCUUAUGUAA